AUGUCGGUGGGGGACUACCAGAAGAUAGAAAAGAUAGGCGAGGGGACGUACGGCGUCGUCUACAAGGCUCGAAACACCAAGACGGGCCAGUUCGUGGCGAUGAAGAAGAUUCGACUGGAGUCGGAAGACGAGGGAGUUCCCAGCACCGCCAUCCGUGAGAUCUCUCUCCUCAAGGAGCUCCAGCACCCCAACAUCGUAAAGCUGGAGUGUAUAGUCCACAACGACGUGAAGCUCUACCUGGUGUUCGAGUUUAUGCAGAUGGACCUCAAGAAAUACAUAGACACCAAACCAGUGGACCCCAUGCUGCUCAAGAGUUACACCUACCAGGUCCUACAGGGCAUCGUCUUCAUGCACACGCGUCGUGUCAUCCACCGCGACCUGAAACCACAGAACCUUCUCAUCGACGACAAGGGGGCCAUCAAGAUCGCUGAUUUUGGUCUCGGGAGGGCUUUCGGCAUCCCCGUUCGCGCCUACACACACGAGGUUGUGACACUAUGGUACAGAGCACCAGAGGUGUUGCUGGGUUCACCUCGCUAUGCCUGCCCCAUCGAUGUGUGGAGUAUUGCAGGCAUCUUUGCAGAGAUGAUCCUCAAGAAGCCUCUCUUUCAUGGCGACUCAGAAAUUGACCAGCUGUUCAGAAUAUUCAGGUGUCUAGUUCUGGGCACACCGACAGAUGCAACGUGGCCGGGAGUGAUGGAACUACCUGACUUUAAACAGACUUUCCCUCGCUGGGCCCCGAAACCGAUGGUUCAGGUCAUCCCAAAACUGAACUCUGAGGGGAGAGACCUCCUCCUGCAAAUGCUUGUCUAUAACCCCGGGAAGAGAAUGACCGCCAAGGCUGCUCUUCGCCACCCGUACUUUGACGACCUCGACAAGUCAAGUCUUCCUGCCUCCAGCCCCUGAGAGACUGACUACUCUUCGUAAUACAUUACCUCACGCCACACGACAUAAUACUGCUGAUGAUCUGUUUCUAUGACUCAUUCUCACUCACUGCUCAUUCUCCAUGCUCAAUGUUCACAACUAGACAGAAAUUAUGUUUGUUACACGAAAUUCUUGUACAAUAUCUG